CAACUGACACAAAACGGGCCAAGAGACUUUUUAAUGGCAACGAUGUUGAACCUGAUGAGUACCCAUUCACAGUUUCCAUACUCUUAAAUAACACCCACAUAUGUGUUGGUAUUACCAUCGGAGAGAAACACAUCCUUACAGCAGCUCACUGUUUUGGAAAUUUGCCGCUUGUGGCAUUAGCGAAUCUCGUAGUUAGAAGUGGUUCAAUAUUUUACAACUCUGGUGGAAAUCUUCAUUCUGUAAAGAAAAUCAUAUACCACAGAGAGUAUCGCAUCGGAGACACUACUUCACCGAAUGAUAUAGCUAUUUUAGAGCUUAAUAACCCAAUAACAUUAGAUGAUCAUUGUAAAAUAAUAUCUCUUUCUUCCACGUUUGUCCAAACCGGAGCAAUAGCGACCGUUAUUGGCUGGGGGCACACUGAAUCUCUUCGCAAAACCAAUCCAUCAUUGAAACAACUUACAUUGACAAUUUUAGAUCCUUUAACGUGUCAAGCUUAUAUGCCUUACACAAUGUACACCCAUCAAAUCUGUGCUAUAGGGUUUCUUAAUCAAGGUACCUGUGUUGGUGACAGUGGAGGGCCUCUUGUGUGAAAUCGCCAAUUGAUUGGACUUGUAUCGUAUGGAAUACCUUGUGCCACUGGUCAUCCAGAUGUUUUUACCAGCAUUCCUUCUUACAUUCCUUGGAUUACAGAAGUAAUGGCGCAA